UAAACUUCCCAACGAUUACGAUUUCAUUUUUGUGUUUCACUUCGGCAUCAGGAAGUUAUUUAAUAAAGCUGGACUGUUUCAUUGUCAUCGUUGCCAUUGGUGUUAAAUAAUGAAGAUGUUAUUAUAAUAUAGGACUAAACAACGCUGAAGCUUGUCAUAAGCAUCAUCAGGAGCAGCAUUAUCAUUGAUGACCGGCCUGACGCGUUGGAAAUCCCCAAACUUGGCAAAGAUGGACUAAAGUCGAGUAGGCCUUGUGGAGGUUGGAGAAAGAUUUGAUGGUUGGGAUAUACAUGCAUACAAGAACCCAGAGAAGGUACACUGGCUCAGUACACCAGCUGUCCUCUGUCCCGCGUAGAGAUCUCCUAGCAGCAUGAAGACUGUCUUUUUCAUCUGCAUCUUGAGUCUUAGACAUUUGAUAGGGUUUUCACAGGCAUGCCUGAUUUGCUGUGGAUGUGGAAGUUUCUUGCCAGACGACCCAUUUUACUUCACAAACGAGACGAGCAACCUGAUUUGUGCACUGGACAAACCAAGCAAUUUAGUGAACGCAUCAAAACUAAACAUCCUGUUAAAUGAUUCGGAGGUGGAUCCAUCCUCCCUCAACAUUGUGAAUGAAACUGCUGUAUCAUUUAGGAAGGUGAUGAAGAAAGAGGACGAUGGAAAAUACAAGUGUAGAAUCAAUGGCCUUACUGGAUCAUCUGGUAUUGUCGGAACCACAUAUCUAAAAGUUGAUGGUAUGUAAUUAUAAUUAUUGACAUGCACUAUAA